AUGCCAGUGGAAAAGGACUUGGAUUCUGCUUACAAGAUUUUAUAUGAUGAUAAAAAUUAUCUGAAGGCAUUGCAGUUGUAUGAUAAAAUACUGUCAGAUAGCAAUUAUCAGAAUUUAACUGCUUUUAUAUACAAGGCUGCAUCUCUGGAAAAACUAUACUUUUCUUCAAAAGACUGGGCAAACGACGAUACUUUAGCUAUCGCUAAAAGUUGUCUCGAUAAUGCAAAAAAAAUAGCACUUGAAAGAGGUGAUAGAUCCAAAAUUGGUCUAGUUUAUUUCAGAUAUUUUAUUUAUUAUUACAAUUUGAAAGAUUAUAAGUUGGCAAAUGAAAACUUUUUGAAAUCAAAAAAUUACGAUUAUAAUGAUUCAACUUUACCUAUGUGGGAAAUACAAUUGAAUGAAAAAUUGAAAAACUUAAAUUUAUCAAGUGAAACAAAUGAUGAUUCCAAUGAAGAGCCUGAUGAAAUUAAAUCCUUAGAAAAAAAUAAUACAGAUAAUUUAAUUAAGGAAAAACCAAAUUUUAAAAUUGAUUGGUACCAAACUAAUAAAAAUAUCACAAUCUCCAUUUUUACUACAAAUUUACCAACGGAUAAAAAUGAUAUCAAGAUUAAUUACAUAGCUGGACAUAAUACAUUAGAAGUUACCUAUAAAAUCCCAGACAGAGCCUCGGAAUUUCAAUACUCUAUCAAUUUAUCAUACCCAAUAAUUUCAAAUUCAAUUAAAUCCAAUCUCUUCACUAAAAAAAUCGAAAUCAUAUUAGAAAAAUCAAAUAAUAUUUCGUGGAAGUCAUUAGAAAAAACUAUCAAUUCAAAUGAAAAUACAAUCUCAUCAUUCCCUGAUUCCAAUUCAAACCCGACUUCUAGUUUAAUGUAUCCAAACUCAUCAAAGAAAAACAUCGAUUGGUCAAAAAUUGAUUAUGACGAUGAAGAUGACGAAGAUGAAGAUUCAGGCACUGCUGAUGCAUUCUUCCGUAAACUAUACGAGGGUGCUGAUCCAGAUACAAAAAGAGCAAUGAUGAAAUCUUAUUUAGAAAGUAACGGUACUGCAUUAAAUACAAACUGGGAAGAUGUCGCUAAGGGGGAAGUUGAAACAUCUCCUCCAGAAGGCAUGGAACUUAAGCAUUGGUAA